UAGCAUUGGGAGCUUCUGCUCACAGUUUUCCUUCACAGCUCUUGGGUGCCCUACACCAGGGUCUCCUCUUUCCCAAAAUCCAGAUGAAGAAGUUUCUCUUACUAAUGAGUCUUUAUCUGAUUGGAUGUGCCAGAGGAGCAUCAGGUCAGCCUGAUGAGCCUCCUGGCUCUAUGGAUCAUCAAGCUUCAGUUCAGCAAUUUUCAGGUGAGUACUUUUCACUUGGAAACCCUUCAGAUGGUGAGGCUUUAUAUGAGACUUCUGCAGGCGAGAGCACUUUAAGUGAGCAUACUUCAGGUGAGCACACUUCAGCUGAACAUGGUUCAAGUGAACACACUUCAGGUGAACACGCUUCAGAUGAACGUGCUUCAGGUGAGCAUGCUACGGGUGAACAUACUUCAGGUGAACAUAUUGCCAGUGAGCACGCUUCUGGUGAACAACCUUCAGGUGAACAGCCUUCUGGUGAAAAGCCUUCAGGUGAACAGCUUUCUGGCGAACAGUCUUCUGGUGAAAAGACUUCCGGUGAACAGUCUUCUGGUGAAAAGCCUUCAGGUGAACAGGCUUUAGGUGAACAGGCUUCAGCUGAAAAGCCUUCAGGUGAACAAGCUUCCAGUGAGAAGCCUUCCGGUGAACAGGUUUCAGGUGAACAAGCUUCAGGUGAACAGGCUUCAAGUGAACAGGCUUCAGGUGAAAAGCCACUGGGUGAUCAGUCUUCAGGCAUUCCACCAUCAAGCACAUUUUCAGGCCCAAUAAAUUGCCACACAUGCUCAUAUAUGAAUGAUCAUGGAAAAUGUCUUCGUGGAGAGGGAGUCUGCUCCACUCAGAAUUCCCAGCAGUGCAUGUUAAAGAAGAUCUUUGAAGGUGGAAAACUCCAAUUCAUGGUUCAGGGGUGUGAGAACAUGUGCCCAUCUAUGAACCUCUUCUCCCAUGGAACCAGGAUGCAAAUUAUAUGCUGUCGGAACCAAUCUUUUUGCAACAAGAUCUAGAAGCCUGUGCCUUUGCUUCCUGCCCUGACUCAGGCAGUAGAAAUUCUCCAUCACCCUAAAGGGCUUAAUUUGUAUUUUGUUUCUUCCCCAGUCAAUAAGUAAUCACGUCUGUCUCUGCCUGAGUGUCAGACAGGAUGUUCAAAUACCUCACCCUUCCUCUCCUAUCCAUGCCCUGUGACCCAUUCUUCUCUGUCUUCUGUCUUCCCUUACCCCAUCUCUCAACAUUCUUUGCUUUCUCAAUAAAUUCUGCAUGGUCAAGAAUACAGACUGG